UCCACUCAACCCCCAUCAAAAAGCCGAACUGAAAGCUUGAGUCUCCACCAUCCACUUCUUACAAUCAAAUAUGGCAAUUUCGUCAUCUCUCUCACUGAGCUGGGUCUCCACUACCAUUCCUGACAAGUUUCAAUUAACUCUGCCUAAUCACAACAAUGAGUUGCCACGAGCUACCACCACUGCUUAUUUUUCUUCCAAAAACAUCACAUGCUCAGCAGAGCCAGCCUCCAUUGAUGAAAGCCAUUGCAAGAGAAGGCCGCUACUCUUAGGAGUGGGAGCACUAACUACAAGUCUACUUCAAGCAACCUCCCUCUUUGCUGAAGAAAUACCGGAAAAGUACAGAGCUUUUGUUGACAAAGUAGAUGGGUAUUCUUAUUACUACCCCUAUGAUUGGAGGGAUUUUGAGUUCAGGGCACAUGACUCUGCCUUCAAGGACAGAUAUAUGCAACUGCAUAAUGUUAGAGUGAGAUUUUUACCAACGAAUAAAACAGACAUUCACGAAUUGGGUCCAAUGGAAGAGGUUGUUUCCGAUUUGGUUAGAUAUAAACUUGCUUCACCCAACCAGUAUGCAACUAUAUUUGGCAUGCAGGAGAGAAACAUAGAUGGGAAAAACUAUUACACCGUCGAGUAUGGACUUCAAACUCCAAACUUUGCUACCAAUUCCUUUGCAACCGUAGCCAUUGGAAAUGGGAGAUUUUACACCCUGAUUGUGGUAGCAAAUGAAAGGCGGUGGAAAAGAUACCGCAACCAGCUUAAAGUGGUGGCAGACUCUUUCAGGAUGCUUGACAUCUAAGAUGCAAUUUCACGGAGCAAGCCAAUCUCCGAUGUGAAAUUCAGGAUUUGUUUUUCGUGUUAAGGAAUGAAAUUCCCAUUUGGUGUAUAUAUAUGUACUUUCUAAGAAAUCCGUUGCUAUAUUCUUCUUCUCGAUUUCUUUGCAUCAA